AUGUCUUCACUAGUUACGAGGGCACAACUGUUUAAUCCUUCUAGUGUUUUUGUUUCAUCAAAUAAUGAAGUUUAUAUUGCUGAUUUUUGUAAUCAUAGAAUUAGAAAAAUAUUAGAAAAUGGAAAUAUUGUAACAAUUGCAGGAAAUGGAAAUUAUGGAUUUAGUGGUGAUAAUGGUCCUGCAACAAAUGCACAAUUUAAUUAUCCUUGUAGUGUUUUUGUUUCAUCAAAGAAUGAAGUUUAUAUUACUGAUUAUAGCAAUCAUAGAAUUAGAAAAAUAUUAGAAAAUGGAAAUAUUAUAACAAUUGCUGGAAAUGGAACUGUUGGAUUCAGUGGUGAUAAUGGUCCUGCAACAAAUGCACAACUUUAUAAUCCUUCUAGUGUUUUUGUUUCAUCAAAUAAUGAAGUUUAUAUUGCUGAUUUUUGUAAUCAUAGAAUUAGAAAAAUAUUAGAAAAUGGAAAUAUUGUAACAAUUGCAGGAAAUGGAAAUUAUGGAUUUAGUGGUGAUAAUGGUCCUGCAACAAAUGCACAAUUUAAUUAUCCUUGUAGUGUUUUUGUUUCAUCAAAGAAUGAAGUUUAUAUUACUGAUUAUAGCAAUCAUAGAAUUAGAAAAAUAUUAGAAAAUGGAAAUAUUAUAACAAUUGCUGGAAAUGGAACUGUUGGAUUCAGUGGUGAUAAUGGUCCUGCAACAAAUGCACAACUUUAUAAUCCUUCUAGUGUUUUUGUUUCAUCGAAUAAUGAAGUUUAUUUUACUGAUCAACAUAAUAACAGAAUUAGAAAAAUAUUAGAAAAUGGAAAUAUUAUAACAAUUGCUGGAAAUGGAAAUUAUGGAUUUAGUGGUGAUAAUGGUCCUGCAACAAAUGCACAAUUGUAUAAUCCUAAUAGUGUUUUUGUUUCAUCAAAUAAUGAAGUUUAUAUUACUGAUUAA